GCCUGUGGCAGUGGCAGGGGCGGUUCCGGCCUCCGACGCUAGGCCCGUGUCGGCCUCCGCGGUUUCCGCGCCGGCCUGGUAUGUACAGAUGGCUGCUUAGUGUCUUCCACUCCAUCUUCCGGAGGCCGCGCGGCCCCCCCGAGCCCGCAGCUCGGCCCCUGCUCAAGAGGCGGUUAUCGGACAGAACUCCAGCCACUGAUGAAACAGAAGCCAAAAGACCACGAUUAGAUUCCUUGAUUCAUCGAGUCAAGAAGAGCAUCUGGGAUAUCACCAACUUAUUUGGCACUCCGGCCCACCUCAGUCCGAGGUGCCCGGAGGCUAGCGACUGCAAUGGCUCGCAUACGGGAGGCUCUCCCGGAGAGGCACUUCCCAGACAUUCACCAUCUAAAUUGACAAAAUCUGGACCCUGGAGAGAUGUGCUUACAUCGGGUAAUAAAACCCGAAAUGGAGCAAGUAAACAUUCAGAUAAAGUGAGUCGAGAUCACCACCACCACCACCACCACCACCACCACCAUCAUCGACGCCACGCUAUGCCUUCCUUUAGUUUUCCUCGUAACCAGGAAGCUUAUAACAAAAGAAUGAGUGGCCGUCACUCUGGCAAGUCUCCCCCAGACAGUUCUCUAGCCCGGAAACAGCACGUUCAGGACCGGAACCUUUCUGAGGGACCCCCUGCAGAAACCGGCAGGGCUCUGAGGAGACCACGAUGCACUGUGGAAGAGGGUUUUCAGAGAGAGGAGAGAGAGAAGUAUCAAAGGCUGUUGGAGCGACUUAAAGAAGGAUGCCAUGGAAACUGUCUCACUCCUGUCACUGCAAACCAUCACGGUUCUCAUAGAUGUCACGUGGAAGGAUUAAGGAAUGGUGGCUGGGGGGAAGACCAACAUCUCGGGAUGAGAGCGGGUCAGCUUGUUCCAAAGCAAUACAAAGUUACUGAAUCAUGGGGACCGGUUCGUGUUGUGAGAAGUGACAAAAGAUAUUCUAAGGCAAGAAUUCCAGAACCUGAAAAGACAGAUGGACAUAGACUAGAAGAUGAAAAUAGACACUCUGGGCCCGAGAUGAAAGAACAGCCCAGCUCAGGCAAAGAGAAAGAAAAGACCCCUGAAGAGCCCCCUGAACUCACUGAGGAUAUGGAAAAAGAGAUUACUAGAGCCCUGGGCUGUGGCCCCCAAGAUGAGAUCCUAAGCAGUGCUUUCAAAUUAAGAAUCACCCGUGGGGAUAUACAGACCUUGAGGAAUUCUCACUGGCUCAACGAUGAGAUCAUCAAUUUUUACAUGAACCUUCUGGUGGAGAGAAAUAAAAAGCAAGGCUUGCCAGUGCUUCAUGCCUUUAGCACGUUCUUCUACCCCAAACUGAGUGCUGGUGGCUAUCAGGCCGUGAAGAGAUGGACCAAAGGGGUGAACCUCUUUGAGCAAGAGCUUAUUCUGGUGCCCAUUCACCGCAGGGUACACUGGAGCUUGGUGGUGAUAGAUGUGAGGAAAAAGACUAUUAAGUACCUGGAUUCCAUGGGACAGAAGGGCCACCGAAUCUGUAACCUGAUGCUCCGCUAUCUACAAGAAGAGAGCAAGGCCAAAAGAAACAGAGAGCUGGUUCCUGGGGAGUGGACUCUGCAAAGUGCGAAGCCCUGUGAGAUUCCUCAGCAAUUGAAUGGAAGCGAUUGUGGAAUGUUUACUUGUAAAUAUGCAGAUUAUCUCUCUCAGGACAAGCCCAUCACCUUUACACAGAAUCAGAUGCCUCACUUCCGGAAGAAGAUGGUGUGGGAAAUCCUUCAUCAGCAGCUGCUUUGAGAACGCUGCUCUUGUUCCCUGCAGCUGCUUGGGAUGCUCCCCACAUGGCUCCAUUUACCUCAUGCCUCAUGAGUUAGAAAGUUCCAGCAUCGCUUCUGCUGCUUUGCAGGUACCAAGUUGCAAGGCCUGCAUGGAGGCGUCUGGAGCCUCGGCCUGGGGGUGCAGAAGACUGAGCGCCCACCUGUAACUCUGUGCCCUCUUGCAGAAUCCUCUGCUGGGCAACCCCUAAGAAACAAACACUAGUUUAAUGUGUGGUUAAAAGACAUUGUUUUUCUUCAAGAAUGUAGGAAAUGCAGGGUUUACUCUGUGUGUAUGUGUCUAUGUGUGUGUAUACGUAUCUAUAUAUAGAGGGUGUGUGUGUGUGUGUGUGUGUGUGUGUGUGCGCGCGUGCGUGCGUGCGUGUAUUUUUCGUGCUCAAGAACUGGGCAGAGGCUAUGCUUGCCCACUCUGAUGAAACUCUAGAUUCACUUCUAUGGAUAUUUAUUUCUGAAAAGACUAUUCAUUGAGCCACUCCCUCUAUCUGGGUCUUGGUGUUCAUUACCAUAGGAGAGGGGAGGAGUGGAGGUUUUUAACUUAUACAGCAAUGGCUGCUACCUUGGAGUUGGAGGGAGCUCUCUUAGGGAGGACCGAGAGACAGAUAGACAGACAGACAGACAAGACAGACAGACAGACAGACAGACAGACAGGUGCAGGCACUGUGCUUCCAGCUCCUCCCUUGGCCCCAAGCCCUAGGGGCAGGAGGGCUGGCAGGCAGGUCACUCCAACUAGAACCCAGUGUAAUUGCAGCUGCUCCUGUCUGUCCCUCCCCUCCCCUCCCAUCCCAUCCAGAACUCCUGCCUGCAUAGUCACUCACUUCCAGAACACUGACUUGAUUAAAUUAUGGAGACUUUGUUUCCCUUUUCUGGAAAGGAAGACAUUUGGCUUAGGUCCUGUAACUGGAUUUGUAAUUACUGUGAACCCCCGAUUGUCAAUGCUGUCUUUCAGCUGACUGGGGGAAUGUCCCCAAGUUAGACUAGAUGGCAAGAAUUGUUUAUUUCAAGAGAGACUAUCCAAGGUAAAGCUAUUUUUCUCAAAGUUUCUUUUUUCUAUAUAAAACAAAAAUUAAGUUUUGUACUUAUUUGGAUCUUUUUUUUUUCCUGAGCUGAAAUCUGUGAAAGAGCCUAUUACAAGGCUGAGGUUGUUGUUGAAUAAUCUAUUUUACAUAUGAAAGUUUGUAUUUAACUUGUUUUUUUAAAUUUGAAAGCAUCCAGAUGUGCUGCUUCCACUUUCUGAAGAUUUGAAGGGAUAUUGGUAUAAGGAAAGAUCAAAACCCAUUUUGCAGUAUCUAGUGCCUGUGGUAUGUGUCUUUCCCCUGUGUAAUAAAAGGUUGCCUGGCCAAGAGCCCUGGUAAAUCUA